AUGUUUGACCUGUGGCAGGACGCGCUGCUGCCAGGACUCACAGCCUCUGCUCUCCCCAGGAAACCCCUGAACUUCCAGAACCUGCCAGAGCAUCUGGACCAGCUGUUACAUGUGGAGGAUGAGGAUGAGGAGAGCCAGGGACAGGUUGAAGGCCGGCUUGGCCCAUCCACUGUGGUCCUGGACCACACAGGUGGCUUCGAGGGGCUUCUUCUGGUGGACGAUGACCUCCUGGGGGUGAUCGGACACAGCAACUUCGGUACCAUCCGCUCUACCACGUGCGUGUACAAAGGGAAAUGGGUCUACGAGGUGCUCAUCUCCUCUCAGGGGCUCAUGCAGAUUGGCUGGUGCACUAUCAACUGCCGCUUCAAUCAGGAGGAGGGGGUUGGAGAUACACACAACUCCUAUGCCUAUGAUGGCAACCGGGUGCGCAAGUGGAAUGUAACCACGACGAAUUAUGGCAAGGCGUGGGCAGCGGGGGACAUUGUGAGCUGCCUCAUCGACCUGGACGAUGGCACCCUGUCCUUCUGCCUGAAUGGCGUGUCGCUGGGCACCGCUUUUGAGAACUUGUCCAGGGGCCUGGGCAUGGCCUACUUCCCAGCGAUCAGCCUCUCCUUCAAGGAGUCCGUGGCCUUCAACUUUGGCAGCCGUCCCUUGCGCUACCCAGUGGCAGGCUACCGGCCCCUGCAGGACCCGCCGCAUGCUGACCUGGUGCGGGCGCAGAAGUUGCUGGGCUGCUUCCGGGCGGUGCUCAGCGUGGAGCUGGACCCUGUGGAAGGCCGGCUGGUGGAGAAGGACAGCUCCGAGUGGCAGUUGCAAGGCCAGCCCACUGUCCUCCUCACGCUGGCCCACAUUUUCCAUCGCUUCGCGCCGCUCCUGCGCAAGGUGUACCUGGUAGAGGCUGUGCUCAUGAGCUUCCUGCGCGGCGUCGUGGAGGCGGGCAGCCCCGCACAGGCUCAGUCCGUGGUGCGUCAGGUCCUCGACCUCCUGUGGCUCUUCAUGGAGGACUACGAGGUACAGGACUGCCUCAAGCAGCUGAUGAUGUCCCUACUGCGGCUUUACCGCUUCUCACCCAUCGUCCCGGACCUGGGCCUACAGAUCCACUACCUGCGGCUCACCAUCGCCAUCCUGAGGCAUGAGAAGUCCCGCAAGUUUCUGCUCAGCAACGUCCUCUUCGACGUGCUCCGGUCCGUUGUCUUCUUUUACAUCAAGAGCCCCUUGCGAGUGGAGGAGGCUGGCCUGCAGGAGCUCAUCCCCACCACCUGGUGGCCCCACCGCUCCGGCAGGGAGGGCAAAGACAGUAAGGACGUGAAGGAUGAGACUGCCGAGGAGCGUGUGCGGAGGCGUGCCUACGAACGGGGCUGCCAAAGGCUCAAGAAGCGCAUUGAAGUGGUGGAAGAACUACAGGUCCAGAUCCUGAAGCUGCUGCUGAACAAUAAAGAUGAUAAUGGGGGUGAAGCUUCUAGGUACAUCUUCCUGACCAAGUUCCGAAAGUUUCUACAGGAGAAUGCCAGUGGCCGGGGGAACAUGUCCAUGCUCUGCCCCCCUGAGUACAUGGUCUGCUUCCUGCACCGGUUGAUCUCUGCCCUGCGCUACUACUGGGAUGAAUACAAGGCCUCGAAUCCUCACGCCGCCUUCAGUGAGGAGGCCUACAUCCCGCCCCAGGUGUUCUAUAAUGGCAAGGUAGACUACUUCGACCUUCAGCGCCUGGGAGGCCUCCUCUCACACCUUCGGAAGACCCUCAAAGAUGACCUUGCCUCCAAGGCCAACAUCUUGAUCGACCCGCUGGAGCUCCAGGCGGCCACCAUGGAUGACCUGGAUGAGGACGAGGAGCCAGCCCCGGCUGCGGCCCAGCGCCCCAUGCAGGCUCUGGCCAUGGGGGGCGUGCUGCCCCUGCCCCGGCCCAGCUGGCUCAGUUCUCCAACCCUGGGCCGAGCUAACCGCUUCCUCAGCACAGCAGCUGUGAGCCUGAUGACCCCCCGGCGGCCUCUGAGCACCUCGGAGAAAGUGAAGGUCCGCACACUGAGCGCCGAACAGAGGACUCGUGAGGACAUUGAGGGCAGCCACUGGAACGAGGGCCUGCUGCUGGGGCGGCCUCCCGAGGAGCCGGAGCAGCCCCUCACUGAGAACUCCCUGCUGGAAGUCCUGGAUGGCGCCGUCAUGAUGUAUAAUCUCAGCGUUCACCAGCAGCUGGGCAAGAUGGUGGGUGUGUCUGAUGACGUCAACGAGUAUGCAAUGGCUCUGAGGGACACAGAGGACAAGCUCCGCCGGUGCCCCAAGCGGAGGAACGACAUCCUGGCAGAGUUGACCAAGAGUCAGAAGGUUUUCUCUGAAAAGCUGGACCACCUGAGUCGCCGUCUUGCCUGGGUCCACGCCACUGUCUACUCCCAGGAGAAGAUGCUCGACAUCUACUGGCUGCUGCGCGUCUGCCUGCGGACCGUCGAGCACGGCGACCGCACGGGGUCUCUCUUUGCCUUCAUGCCCGAGUUCUACUUGAGCGUGGCCAUCAACAGCUACAGCGCCCUCAAGAAUUACUUCGGCCCCGUGCACAGCAUGGAGGAGCUCCCAGGCUACGAAGAGACCCUGACCCGCCUGGCCGCCAUCCUUGCCAAACACUUCGCUGACACACGCAUCGUGGGCACUGACAUCCGUGACUCGCUGAUGCAGGCCCUGGCCAGCUACGUGUGCUACCCACACUCCCUGCGGGCCGUGGAGCGGAUCCCCGAGGAGCAGCGUGUCGCCAUGGUGAGGAGCCUCCUGGCUCCCUAUGAGCAGCGGCCCUGGGCCCAGACCAACUGGAUCCUGGUGCGGCUGUGGAGGGGCUGUGGGUUCGGGUACCGCUACACACGGCUGCCGCACCUGCUGAAAACCAAACCCGAGGAUGCCAACUUGCCCAGUCUCCAGAAGCCCUGCCCCUCCACCCUGCUUCAGCAGCACAUGGCGGAGCUGCUGCGGGAGGGGCCCGACGUGGCGCCCAGCUUCCUCAACAGCGUCCUCAACCAGCUCAACUGGGCCUUCUCGGAGUUCAUCGGCAUGAUCCAGGAGAUCCAACAGGCUGCCGAGCGCCUAGAGCGGAACUUUGUGGACAGCCGGCAGCUCAAGGUGUGCGCCACCUGCUUCGACCUCUCAGUCAGCUUGCUGCGGGUCCUGGAGAUGACCAUCACGCUGGUGCCCGACAUAUUCCUUGACUGGGCCCGGCCUACGUCUGAGAUGCUGCUGCGGCGUCUCGCGCAGCUCCUCAACCAGGUGCUGAACCGGGUGACGGCUGAGAGGAACCUGUUUGACCGCGUGGUCACCCUGCGGCUGCCUGGCCUGGAGAGCGUGGACCACUACCCCAUUCUGGUGGCCGUGACGGGCAUCCUGGUGCGGCUCCUGGCGCAUGGCCCGGCCUCGGGGUGAGUGUGAGGCCCGUGGGCCCACGGGAGCUGGCGUGGCUGGCGGGAGUGGGCCGGCCAGGGCCUCCUGCCACUGUCUCUUUGCCUCUGCAGUGAACCUCGGUAUCAGGUUUUUGAGGCAGGGGGAAGGCCGUGAGGUACAAACUGCCCAACUAGGUGGCAGCAGCAGCAGCUCUGAGUAGAAGAAUCGGAGAGCGCACUGGCUUGCGGUUAUGCCUCAGGCAGGGCUGGGGUGCUAUCCUGCAUGUACGGGACGGCACUGCUGGGCUCAGGGGCUGAGGACACGCACUGCUACUUGUGUUCGCGAAGGGUCCGGUAAUGAGCAUGUACCACCUUUAUUAAGGAACUCCAGGACAACUGGAUCCAGGAUGCUCGUAGGAGCCCCCAGCUCAGCACCCACACAGGAGGGCUCUCAGACCCCUCUUCCCCGCCUCCCUGCGGUGGGUGGUAAGAUGCGUAUAAGACCAGGGCACGGCCUCGGCCAUUAGGCCGAGACCAGUGCCAGCCCUUAAGAGGCUUCUACCCUUGAGGGUCAGUGAGUUCUGGCUCAGCCCUCCCAUCUUGGCCAUGCUCAGCAGGCUUUUUACUGCUGAAAAGCUGGGGGACAGGCCCUGGUGGCCCUUACUGUCUUGUGAGCCCACGGAAGAGACCCUGCCCUCAGAGUGGCCUGUGGAUGCCGCUGGCCAGAGACGGCGAGGCUGCUCCGGCUGGGGCUCGGGCCAGGCCCCCCGAGGGGUGGCGGGGAGGGGUCUCUCGCCUUUCUGCCUGCCCACCAGACUGCAUGGAGUUGUGAAGCUUGAAGGAGGUUAGAUGUUGGUGCGGGUUUCCUCCUUCCACCCUGGGUGGGGGCCUAGGUCUUCCUUUGGCGCUCUCCUCCUCUUCCCCUGGGCGCCCACUCUCUUCCUGCCCCACUGGGAAGGGGAAGAUGGUUAUGCUUUAGUUCUUCACCACUACUGCUUGAUAGCUGCCUCGGCCCCUAAGGGGGUGCCUCGGGCUCUAACGCACGGGCCCUUCCAGAUGGCCCCAGUUCCAGGCCUCGGGGGACACUUGGGCACCAGCAGGUCCUGCGGGGGCCUCUGGCCUUUGAGCCCUGUGUGAGAGCAGAGCAGGAGAGAGGGCGGGGAGCCCAGCCCUUCCAUCAGCGAGUGGGGCUGCUGUAGUUGAGGUCGAGGCCACACAGGAGGCUGGAGGACCAAGCCCCGCGCGGCCACCAGCAUCUGGCAGCUCUUGCCCGGGGCAGCAGCGGGGAGCGGGGCAAAGCAGCGGGCGGGCGGUGGCCUGGCUCUGAGCCCAGGGCGGCCUAGGUCAUCACCAGCGCCUCGGAGCCCGUGGAGCUAGCCGACUCAGAGCCAGCGUGGAGCCGCAGGCCCACGGGAUUGUAGAGAUCAAAGUCCUCGGCGACCGCCAGCUGCACGCGCCCGUUGAGGCCCCUCCUGC